GGUUCAUUGAAAAGAUCCGAUUCAAAAGAACGAGUCGUUUACGAAUCGGUUGUCGUCAGUCUGCAUUAUCACGCUGUUUGUGGAAUACCGUACGCGCGAGAAACACCAACUCACACCGACUACAGAUUUACUCGAUUAUGCUUUGUAAAUACAUCGGUAACAUUAUGUCUUUUAUCUCGCUCUACGAAUAACUCUUUACUUUAUGGCAAUGUUAGCAUAUUAGCCGUCCGGUUCUACCGCUUUUGUGUCUAAAUUGUUAUGUGCUAUUUGCUACUCUUAGCCUAUGCUUUGAAGCAUGAGUUAUGAUAGAUAAUGUAUUUGUAUCAAUCACAUGGAGGUGAACAGGAACAACUUAUGCAUUGAGAAGUGCUAGUUAGCCAGCUAGCUGUGUAGACUGAAGUGCUAUGCAUCAACUUGCUCCUGGUCCUCCUCUCAGCUUUUGGAUUGCUGACAUUGACAGAGUCAUUUAGUUAUUAAAUGAGCCUAAAGCCUUGGCACUUGCGUUACAUGGGAAGUCUACAAUGUCGAGGAUUCUUCUGGGCCUGGUAAUGCUUGGAUGCACCGUUGCUGUUGAAGAUGUUCAAGCCUUUGAUGACCCGAUCACCAGACUUGUGAAUGAAAAAGCGGGUGAGCGGUGCUCGGGUAGAGUGGAGGUGCGUCAUGGGCAUCAGUGGGGCACCGUGUGCCAGCGUGGUUGGGAUCUGGAGGAUGCCACAGUGGUUUGUAGAGAGCUCGACUGCGGCUUCGUGUUGGACAUUCCAGGCGGUGCUCGUUUCGGACGGGCUGGUGGAGGAGUGCUGUGGAGGAAUGUGAAAUGCUCGGGUGACGAGUUUGCCCUGGAUCUGUGUGAACGCACCCUCAAUGAUGAUGUGUGUACACACAGUGAGGAUGCUGGAGUGGAGUGCACAGGAAAACUUCUAGCACCCACCUUGUCAAUUCAGUCUCGCUUCUACGCCUAUUCAGCCGGAGAGGCCGUUCACUUUAAAUGCACUGCCCCAUACUGGCAGUCUGUCAUUGAUUUCCAUCUGUACAAAAGAGGUGUGGACACUCCGCUAGUGACCCAGAGAGUCGAUCCCAGACAAAUGACUGUGGAUCUGACUCUGUCAGACUUAGAAAUCUCCCAUCAGGGCAGCUACAGCUGUCUCUACAGGAUACACUCCAAACUGGGGAACUCUCCCUCAGGAUUUUCUCCACACAGCAACUUCAUUAACAUCACAGUCUUGGAGAUUCACACUCCCCAAAUCUGGUACAACACGUCUCCUGAGGCCCGGCCGGGUUGGGUCAUCCGGGGCCACAGUUUUAACGUCACCUGCUCCACGGAGCCUCAGUAUCCAGGAGGAUCCUUUCAGCUGCGGCUCAUCAGGCCCAAUGGGACCGUCCGGCACUCUCUGCCAGCCCUCGCUCCCUCCGUCACCUUUACCUUCUCCAAUGCCCAGUCCAAUAAUGAGGGCUACUACUGCUGUCUCUACAAGGUCCAGACUGGAGAGCGCACAUUUAUCUCGAGGGAGAGUCAGCCUUUACCCAUCUCUAUUCGAGAAGUGGAUCCGGUGAUGAGCCCGGUGUUCAUCAGUUUACUGGUGUCCAGUUUGACGUUUGUGGUGGCCACGUGUGCCAUUCUGAUUGUUGCCAAAGUGUACUGCAAGAGAGUGAGCAAACCCACUGAACUGGAGCGAGAGAGCAGGACCUGUGUUGACAACACAUACAUUGCCUUGACAAUCAAGUAAUGGGAGUUCAAAAAGAAGCAAAUAGAAACUGGUCACUUGUUGGUGUUUCAGUGGCUUGUCCAAACCAAAGGGAAGAUCUAAGUUUGAAGAACCACAGAAACCACCAUUUCUUACUAUCUGCCAUUCUCUGUCAGUUACAGAGAAACAUUUCGAUUGUCAUUGGUUGGAGGUUUUUCUUUACUGGAGAUGGGAGAUUUUUUCUUUGAAAGUAAAUGCUGACAUCACUAGACUUGAAGAGGGGUUACAUUACAACACAAUAUGUUGCACUAACAAGGUUAAAAAGGGCUUUUUUAGUUUUUGGAGGUACCAUGUCUGACCCAUCCCGAGGUCUUCCCAUAUUGUUGCAGGUAAAGACUGUAAAACUGUGAAAUGUUUUGGGGGUUUUUUCUUGUGUUUCUUUGUAUUCUUCAUGGGGCUUUAUAAUUUAAAAAGAUAUAUUUAUUGUUUUUUCUACUACAGUUCUUAUGUUUGGUUAAUCACAGGUGGGACAGACAGCCUAAGAACAACCUCUAUCACAUUAGGUCACUACAGUUAUAUGAAAGUAUUAUUAUUGUUCAUUUGUUCUUUAUGAAAUGAAAGUGGGCUCUCUAAACGCAUUAUACACUAGAUCUGAUGUGAUGCUUACACGGACAAAAGAACAAAUUCUCAGACACAUUUCUAAAACCGUAAUGAUCAGUAAGGAAAUGAUCCCUGUAUUUACAAAUAUAAACAAUAAUUAAUAACAGUAAUAGUAAUAAGAGUUGUAGAUUGGAUUAUAGGCAUACACUAAAUAUUUUAAGCAGCACUACUAUUGUCUAGUGAAGCCAAGAACACUUCAGUAAAGUAUAUACACUCCGUAUUUAAAAAGGAAAAGCAAAAUGUUUCUAAAUGUAACCGAGUCAUAUGUAAACUGAAAGAUUUGAAACCCAGAUAGGCUUGUUCAGUUCGCAUUUAUAAGUUUUGUACCCAUAAAAACAAUAGUAAAUGAGCAAAAUGCUCAAAUAAUAUUAAACAAAGUUGUGCAAAAACACAGCUGUCACUUCCUGUUACAUCCAUGUCUUGUAAUGUGGAGAGUUAAUGGUUGUUUUGUUGCAGUUUUUGGUACGUGUAAUACAAUUUGUAGACUUUUAUUUUACCAUUAAAAACAAAAAUCACAA